UGCAGAAUUGGUUGGUUUUUGCUUGCGGAUUCUGUGAAAUAUUUUCUAUUAUUUUUAUAACUGGCUCUAAUUCACUAAGUACUUAAAAGGCGAUAAAGUUACCAAAGUAAAGAUAGUGCGAUAGAGUGAUUUAAAAGCACAUGAUCGUUCAAUGAUGUCCCUAAAACCGAGAAAUGUGGACUUCCAGGAAACUUGGGCAAGCCUUAAGGAGACAGUGGCAGGAGUUGUGGCACUACGGGCAGUAGAGCGUGCUGUGUGGAACAUGCGCUUCUCUGAUGUAUAUGCACUAUGUGUGGCACAUCCGGAACCUCUUGCUGACCGUCUAUAUGAUGAGACUAGAAAUUUCUUGGAAGAGCAUGUCGGAGAGCUAUUAAAGAGAGUUCAAGGAAAUGCACCACUUGAUAGCAGUGAUUACAAUGAUGGUCUGCUUACAAGGUAUGUUGCAGCAUGGAGAGAGUACAGUCAGGGUGUUGCAUAUCUCAAUAGUCUAUAUUCUUACCUCAAUCUGCAGCAUGUAAAGAAACAGAAGGUUUCGGAUGCAGAAAUAAUAUAUGGUUCUUCAGCUACUGUUAGUUGUCCGGAGCACGACUCUAGGCAAUUGGAGGUAGGUGAGCUGGGACUGGUGACAUGGGAGCGUAUCCUGGUGCAGUCGUUGUCCGUAGGGCUGACGGCUCGUAUAGUGGCCGCACUGAGUGCCGCACGCGACUGUCAGCUUGAGCCCGCAAUGGCUGAUGUGUUGCACGCUGCCAUACAUAGUGCGGUGCAUGCACAAGCUCACCGCGUGCGCGCGCCGCUGCAGCUAUAUCAGCAACUAGUACUGGAGCCCUACCUGAAUGCGGCGGCCGCGCACCACGCGCGCCGCGCAGCCAACCUGCUGCAGGACGGAGACAUAUCACACUAUAUGAAGCAUACACUUGAAGGUUUGGAGCGUGAAAUAAUGUUGGCGUGUCGCUAUCUGCACUCGUCAUCGCGCGAGGCGGUGCGAGCGUGCUACGAGCGCGCCGCCGUGGCCGCGCACCUGCCCGCACUGCACGCGCACACAGAGCGACUGCUGCGCGAGGCCUGCGCCGACACACCCGAAGCUCUGCAGCGUCGUGAGGACCUGAAGCGCAUGUACACGCUGCUGAAGCCGAUGAGCGGACAGGGGGCGCUGCGACCGCUGGUGGACGCGGCGCACGCGCAGACAGCGCGGGACGGUCUGCUGCUACUCGCCAGCGAGCACAGCAAAGAUGAGGCGCACACGCACUUUGUGAACGCAAUGUUGUCGCUACACAAGAAGUAUAGCAAAUUGUUCAAUGAAGUAUUCGGAGGUGCGCAGGCGUUCGUCGGCGCACUUGAUAAAGCGUGCAGUGCCGUAGUUAAUGCACGGGAGCCUGGAGAAACCUCCGCGAGAGCACCAGAACUUCUCGCACGUUACUGCGAUGCGCUGCUCCGACGUAGAGGCGCGGAUGCGGACGCCGACGACAAAUUAGCAGCCGCAAUUAUCGUCUUCAAAUACGUCGACGAUAAAGAUGUCUUCCAGAAGCAUUACGCUAGAGCACUUGCCAGACGACUCAUACAUCAACUCUCAGCAUCCAUGGAGCAAGAGGAAGCGAUGAUAAACCGCCUUAAAGCAGCCUGCGGAUACGAAUUCACCAACAAGUUGCACAGAAUGUUCACAGAUGUCGCUGUGUCCGCGGAUCUCAACGCAAAGUUUCAACAGCAUCUCAGAGAUAAUAAUCUAUCUUUGAAUACGGGAUUCUUUAUACAGGUGCUACAAGCGGGGGCGUGGCCACUGGGCGGGGCGAUGGCGCCGUUAGCCCCGCCCGCACAACUGGAGCGACCAGCGCGACUCUUCGAGGCGUUCUACCGCGGCUCAUUCAGCGGCCGUCGACUAGCCUGGCUACACCAUCUCUGCACCGGCGAGCUGCGCACUCGAUACACACAGCGCGUCUACCACAUCAGCGCCACAACACCACAGUGCGCGCUGCUGCUAAUGUUCGAGAACGUGGACAGUGUGAGUGUGCGAGAGGCGCGCGACACGCUGCAGCUGAGCGGCGAGGCGUGGGCGCGUCACGUGCGCCCUCUGCUGGACGCCGGACUGAUAGCUGCACGCGGCAAUGUCCCCUCCCUCACAGGCCCCGCCCCUACACAGGGGGCGGAGUCAGGCACUUCAGGGGCGGCCGCGGGGGAAGAAGACGACGCUGACGCAGAACUCUUACUAAACCUCACCUUUACUUGUAAGCGUACCAAGCUGCGGUUGACAUGCGGCGCUGCGCCCACACACUCCGGUGGUAGUGGUGGUAGCGGGUCUGGCGGUGGUGGGGAGCCUGCGCACUGUGAGGAUGACCGUAAGAUGUACCUGCAGGCCGCACUCGUCCGCAUCAUGAAGCAGAGGAAGGUGCUGCGACACACUGAAUUAAUCCAGGAAGUGGUGGCGCAGGCGCGAGGCUCGUUCGCGCCUUCUGUCGCCAUGAUCAAGAAAUGCAUAGAGUCUCUCAUAGACAAGCAGUAUCUAGAGCGAGCCCCGGGAACACUAGACACCUACGCCUACCUCGCGUAGUACCACCCCCACCACUACCCACACCCCUCCACUGGCUACAGCAAAGCACAUCCCAACACCCUCCUGUUAAGGGAAAGCUAUUGCUAAGCACCAACAUAAGUAAUAAAUAUACAGUAAAACAUGUUUUUUUUGUCAAUUUAGGAAUUUGUGUUACCAUGGCAACGGAGCUAAUAACUAACUUUUUUUUGCAUACUUAUUAUUUAUAAUUGUACCAAUAAAAAUUU